AUGUCUGUGGACAUUGAAUUGACCACCACCUUCAGAAUUUUGCAUGCCUUUUUCGGAGGUGCCGGAACUAUUCUGAACUUGAUUCUUUUGUUGUUGGCAUUAUUUCAAUCUCCUAAAGUUAUCCGAUUGUAUGCAACUUUGAUUAUCAAUUUUGCUAUCACAGAUUUAUUGGCUUGUCUUUUGGAUACUUUCAUCGAAAUCAGAGUUCUCCCUUAUCCAAAUGAAGAUUCAAUGGCCCAUGUUAUGAAUGGUUCCUGCAAAUAUUUUGGUCUGACAACAUGUGCUGUUGGAUUCAGCUUAUAUCUUCACACUCUUACUCAUUCAAUCUGGUCAUUGCUCAUUUCAUUCGGUUAUCGAUAUCUGAUUUUGUUCAAGAUUAGUCUAAAACGUAAAACUAUAAUCCUGGUGAUUUUGGCAUUUUACUUCCCUUCUUUCUUGCAAGGAGUCACUUAUUGGAGCAAUUUCGUGGAACGCUAUGAGAUAUUGCCCAUAGUUCGAAGAGUUCAUCCAGACUACGACUUUAGUGAACAUAUAGGUCUUUUGACUGGAAUAACUGACUUGUAUUCUCCUUCCGUAGUAUAUGGAAUGCUUCAUACUACACUUCAAGUAACACCAGUUUACAUUUCAAUUUUUAUAAUUAGAUGGAAAACUGUGAAGAUAUUAACGAAGAACAAAGAAUCUAUGUCAAAAGAAACUAAAGCACUGCACACUCAACUUUUGAGAGUUUUGACCCUUCAAGCUGUCCUCCCAUCUACAUCUUUCUUCACAACUUAUCUCUUCAUGGGACUGAAAUUCGGUCUCCUCAGUGGCCAAAUCUAUGAACACUUGGUGUUUUCUAUUGCCAUAUUCCUGCCUGUAGUUUCCCCAAUAACAUAUAUUGUCUUUAUCAAACCGUACCGAUUGUUUUUUAUAAGGUAG